GUUGGAGCUUCAGACAGGCUUCACUGAAGGGACAACAUGGAGUCCAAGGAAACAAACACAUCGUUUAAUUGUGAACAUCUGAAGAAGGUCAAGAUCAGAUGCCCUCAGGGUGACAAAAGGGUGGGCAAUAUUGUGAAUGUCAUACUUGCCAGUGCCUCUGUCCCGGAAUUUGUCAUCAAUCCGUACGAGCGCUGGGAUCCUUUGGAGUAGGCCUCUCUUUGCUCCUUGAUGGUAGGGAGAUGUGCAUGACCCUUUGCCGAAGGCAAGUGUUGCUUCCGGUUUGAUGUGGAAAGGCGUUUUAAUGUUUGUGUGAUCAUGAGGCCAACAAAUUAAUAGUAUCAUUAUUGUCCCUGUAACUGAAUCUGGAUAUGUGUUUGCAGAGAAAUUUGAUAUCGGGGUUGUGUUUGACAUUAUUCUGGAUUACUGUAAUCUCAUCGUUUGGUUGACUGUUUUUCCAUAUUUUGCCAUGUGGCUGCCCUCUCACGGUAUACUCGUCCGAAACAUACUCCAGUUUAAAAUCAUGCUGGCUGAAAACAUAACAAUAUACAAACAGCAAUUGAUGGAAAUGCACCGGGCAGGCCUACCUCUGUUGUAGAAAAGCUAACGUCUGAGGAUAAUGCCACACGCGGGCCCGCACAACAGAGGCACAAAAGUGGCGAGUGCCCUCGGCGGCCUCCCAGCAAGCGCAGCAUAAUAGCUUGGGAUUUGGGUGAUUCCAGUCUACAGAUAGAGAGAGACGUUCAAGAGAGAGAGCCCCUAGCUUCCACCCCAGUUCUCUUCCUCGGUUCCUAUCCUUCCCAUUUCUUUAGCAUCUUGCUCCCGCUUUCUACUAGUAGUUCUCAAGUAAAUUAGAGGUGGCAUGUUUCCCGUCGGAUGAGAGAUUUUACAGCAUUUUAGCCUUUUCUCUCUACACCAGGGCCCUCUCCCACCUUGUGCAGUGUUUUUGAAUCUCAACCGAGAAAUGAUGCUUCACAGGCAGAUCUGCUGAGCUGGGGACUCUCUUGUUCUUCCGCUCAUUCUCGUUGGUUGGCCUUUGGUCGUCAGAAUCAUCGGCGGAGUGCUUUGGAUAGUAGCGCUCUGCACUGUGCACGCCACCUGUUCGACUGAAUGCCAUGACGAAGAAGCCAGGCAAGAGAGCGAAAGCAAUGGAUGUUGGCGACAGGAUCAGCGGCCUCCCUGACGAGCUGCUCCACCGCAUCCUGUUCUCCUUGCCGGCGCAGGACGCCGUGCGCACGUGCGUGCUGUCACCAAGGUGGCGCCACCUGGUUGUCCGCACGGCACCUCAAUGUCAGCACUCUGGGGUUCACCGGCGAGGCGAGAUUCGCCCAGUUUGUGAAUAACUUGCUGCUGCGUCGUGGCCAUGCGCCUCUCGACACCUUCUGCCUGCACGCUGAGGGGCCUCACAUUUUGUUUGACAAUAUCCGUGACACUGCCAACCUGUGGAUAUACCAUGCCCUGAGGUGCAAUGUUCAGGCGUUGAGCAUUGCCGACCAUGACCUGUACGAGGAAGGCGAAACAGAAGAUAUUCUUAGAACCUUCCACCCCGACCGUUACUCCUUUACCUCAUCACACUUGAAAAGAUUGCAUCUUCUCUAUGUUUGUGUCAGCAAUUGCCUCAUCAAGCACCUCUUGUCUGGCUGCCCGGCGUUGGAAGACCUAGAGAUGAAUGACUGUGACAUCACUGCCACAGAAUUUUCCUCUACCACAUUGAAGAACUUGAGCAUCAGCACCGUUGGUUUCUCUGUAACAAAAGAUGAGGAAGUUGAUAUUGUUAUAAAUAUGCCUAGUCUAGUCUCACUAUGCAUCGGUGCACUACUCUGUACGAAGCCUUCUUUUAUCAACAUGCGAUCAUUGUUAACAGUCUCCAUUCACUCAGAACAGACAGGGUUUGAAUUUGUUAAUGGCUGCUCUAUUCUUCGUGCUUUUUCGAACGCCAGGAACUUGACACUGCUGCACGUUGGCCCCAUGGUUGGGAAAGAAUUAUUGGGAAAUGAGAUACUAUUCCAUCAAGUAGUGUUCACUAAUUUGACAACUUUGUCUUUGAAUGAAUGGUGUUUGCAUAAUAGCUGCAAAGCACUGCUGUACGUGCUUAGGCACUCACCUAAUUUAGAAAAGCUUACUCUUGGGUUGUCCGAGGUUGGAGCUUUAAUCUAUCGACGUCCCGAGCUUUCAGGAAAUUUUGCUGUGAAAAUAAACCCCUGUUGCAAGGGAACAGAGACACCAUUUUAUUGCCAGAAGCUUAAGAAAAUCAAAAUCACCUGCCCAAAGCAUGAUAAAAGAGUCGGUGUCGUGGUGGCGAUCUUAUGCGCUAACCUUAUCUCUCUCCCAGAAAUAAAUAUCAAGCCAUCUUGAGGUAUAUUAUGGUGAUCGAAACGCUGGUGACCUGGCUGGAUUAGAGCUUGUCGAACUGCAUGCAUCGGAUCGCUGUCUUGCUGGCUUCACAGCGCUUAUGUGCACUGAUUUGUUACUGUGGUUUAUUUCGAACGCCCGUCGCCGUUCACUGGCAUAGCCGCAGCUAGUUUCGGUUAUUUUUUUAUCAGUAAGUUUUAACUUGGUAUAUGGUAAAACCGUAAAGUGUGUACUCCGCUAUGCACCAAGCAAUCGCUGGUGCAUGUACGGUGAAUGGCUUGUGAUGCAAAUGGCAGAACCCUAUUGUUUUUCAUGUGUGUGUGCGCGCGCUUAGGUUGUGCACGCGUUCAAUUAAUGUCUCACUAUCCAUUGGAUACCCGGAUGAAUUGGAACAUGGGAAUUGUACACCACAUUUUUUUGAUUGGUUUCUGUAGGGCAAAACACCCCACAGCCUUUUA